AUUGAAAAAUUCCCCUCCUUUCGAGAGCAAUCGAUCCCGACAAUCUCUCCUCUGCGGCCAGUGCCAGUGGAUUUCACUGCGCAACGACGGUCUGGCCGCACCCGUCGGUUCAACAUGUUCUCGGCCUUCCUUCGCCGGGUGACAUCCUUCAAAGAAAGGAUCCCGUUUUUGAACGAACUACACCUCAAUUUCAUCUUUCUCCAUUAUGCGUACAUUAUCUCCUGGGCGAUCAUCGGUUCCAUCAUCGUUUACCCCGGGGGCAACAUCGACUAUAUCGAUGCUCUGUUCCAAGCAGCAGGCGCCGCUACACAAAGUGGAUUGAAUACCGUCGAUAUAAAUGGCCUUUGGUUGUACCAACAAAUUGUGCUGUAUUUGAUUACAUGUCUGUGCACGCCGAUCUUCAUCCACAGCGCUUUGGUUUUCAUCCGGCUAUAUUGGUUCGAGAAGCGCUUCCAACAUGUCGUCCAGGACGCGCGGGCGAUGCGACGUACCCGAUCUCGCAUGGAAACAGUAACCGAAGAUGGAGACGAGGAGAAUAUCCACCGUGCGGAACUCGGAGUGAGCGGUCGGCCCAUUGUGGUGAUACGAGAUGAUUCGGGAGAUGCUCGGGACGGACGAUUGACAGAGCCGGGAAGCAAAGCCAUCAAUUCGGGGAUGAACACUCCAGAAGCUCGGGGAAACAGUGUUGACUCUAGCUCCGAGGGAACAGAUGCGGGCGCCGACUCUCGCUAUGAACCUCGCUUUGGACUCGGUAGCUUGAAGGUGCCGACUCAUUUGAACCCGGAACAUCAUAUCGCGUUUUUGGAAAAGCAGCGGAAGAACAAAGGAGCUCUGCGGAUCCCCAGUCCUCGGGAAUAUGACCGCGGUGGUGCUCCGGAGGCUCUAGAAGAAGAUCUGGAUCAGGAGGGUGAGCAGGCUCAACCUUCCAGUGACAAUGACGAUGAACACAGCAACGGUGCACCCCGUGAGGAGCUCGAUCAUGUCGGUCCCCUUGAAGGGCCACACAUCACCAUCAAUGAGCCAGAUAUUUCAAGAACCCGUCCACGCGGUAGUACCUUCCCCCGUCUGGACACUCGGCCCACUUUCCGGGAGACCAAAGAUGGCAACGAAACCACUACGCUUGCUCCUACUACCACGAAAAACACAUUUAGAGGAGUUUUCCGAUCCCUGACACAAGAGCGCGACCUCUCUACUCAACCAUAUCUCAGUUGGAAUGCAACAGUGGCACGUAACUCCAACUUCGUCGAUCUGACGGAGGAGCAGCGUAAUGAGCUGGGCGGUAUCGAAUACCGCGCUCUCAAAACACUGGCUGUCGUUCUUAUCACCUACUAUGUCGGCUUUCAUCUUAUCGGUUUGGUCAGCAUGGUUGGCUGGAUUAUGACCACAGACACAUGGGGCGACAUUGUCCGAGACGCUGGGGUUGGGCGGCCAUGGUGGGGGAUCUUUACCUCUGCCUCUGCCUUCAAUGACUUGGGGUUCACCUUGACACCUGACUCAAUGUACUCCUUCAAAAGAGCUGUUUUCCCUCUGCUGAUGCUGUCCUUCUUGAUCAUCAUCGGCAAUACCGCCUUCCCGUGUAUGCUGCGUCUAAUGAUCUGGGUUCUUUCGAAGUUCACACGCCAGGGUACUGCGCUAUGGGAGGAGCUGAAGUUUCUUUUGGACCACCCUCGGCGAUGCUUUACUCUACUGUUUCCUCGUAAUGCCACUUGGUGGUUGUUUGCGAUUCUUGUCGCGUUGAACGGCAUUGAUUUGAUCUUCUUUGUUAUCCUAGAUCUCAAUGAUUCUGCUGUCACCGCAUUACCUCCCGGUAUCCGAGUGGUGGACGGCUUUUUCCAAGCUGCUGCGACACGAACAGCCGGAUUUGGAAUCAUCAGUCUUUCUGAACUUCACCCCGCCAUCCAAGUCUCCUACUUGAUCAUGAUGUAUAUCUCAGUCUUCCCUAUUGCCAUUUCUGUGCGUCGAACCAAUGUCUACGAGGAGAAGAGUCUGGGUAUCUACGAUGCCACCGACGAAGAUCAUGACGAGGAAACGAAUGCCCCCUCCUAUAUCGGAGCGCAUUUGCGACGCCAGCUGAGUUUUGAUCUGUGGUAUGUCUUUUUGGGUCUGUUUAUCAUCGCUAUUGCGGAAGGAUCGAGAUUGCAGAAUGUGACCGAUUACUCCUUCCAGCUCUUCACCGUGCUGUUCGAAGUUGUCUCGGCCUAUGGUACUGUGGGUCUGUCGUUUGGAUACACCGAUGUCAACACCUCCUUUUCUGGCCAGUUCAAUGUGGUCUCCAAACUGGUGAUCAUUGCUAUGCAACUUCGCGGUCGCCACCGUGGCCUGCCCUACGCACUGGACCGUGCUGUCCUUCUCCCUUCCGAUGCACUCAACCGACACGAGGCUGAAGAGGGCGAACGCCGCAUGCGCCGCCGUGCAUCUAACCUGAGUGGUGGUGCGUCCUUUGGCCAAUCACAAUCGCGUACCUUAUCUCAGGCGAGGAACGAUGCCGGUCUGUCUUCGGGUCUGGAAACUCAUGACUGGCAGGCACAGGCUUCUCCAAAUGCAGAGUCUCUGGUGCAUCGUUCUUCAACUAUCCGAUCCAAUCGGUAG